UACUGGCGUGUCAAGUAUCCUUCAUCCUGACAACUGACAACGGGAACCUCAGCACUGCCGAAGAUUGUGUGCUGGAGAUUAUGGUUGUCCACGUAGGCCAGAAAGCGUCUCCGCCAACUGAGAAAGGUGUCGGCGGUGCAAGUAGACGGGAUUCAAGGCACAGGAGUUCUGACAAUUGUACCUCCCAGAGGCAAACCCGGCACCCCAGUACCGCCAUCAUGACUGACCCCGCCUGGCCACAUUGGCCUCACCGGUGCAGAUAAAGCCCCUCCACGAGCAACUAGACCGUCGCCUCCUGAGCUGCUGCCGGCAGGUGCACCCGCCGACCGACCGCCGCUGUGCUGCCCUAAGCUCCUCCGUCUCAGCUUUGGCCUCCUUCGUCCCAGCCUUGGCCUCCUUCGUAUCAGCCUUGGCAACAUCGAUAGCUCGUAGCGCCUCAUCCAACCUCGCGCUCAGAGUUGCGUCGUCCUCCGUUCCAGACAUUUCAAACUAAAACUCUAAACCCUCCCUGCUGUCCCAGCCUCGAAGUGCUGUCCCAGCUUUAAACCCUGCUUUCCCGGUCCCCGCAAUGGCCACCGCACGAGCUAUGCACUGCUGUCCUCGCCCCCUUUGGCCGCGAUCCCAGCUAUGAAAAUGGUGUCCGCUGCCCCGAUGGCCCAGCUCCCACCGCUCAGACGCCAAUACCCACUACUAACACCAGGCCUUACAAUAUAUUGUGUUUGGGUGCGGUAGCUCGUCAGAGGCCGAAAGAGAAAGAAGGUUGACUCAAGACCUUGUUGCUUAGAGAGUAAGAGACAUGCGGUAGGCCACACCAUCGCCAUGCAGCAUGUCUGUCAAUACAUUCCAUCCGCGUACCCCCCGGAGGCCCCGUAGACAGUAUACUCUGCCGAGCACCCCAAACAGCCCCCCUGCUCGGUACGAGAUACUAUCUACGAAAUCCCCGACACGACUAUCAUUGCCAGACAAAACGGCAGACAGAAAAACCAAAACCCCUAUCCUAACAAUAAAUCAUCCACCAUUNGUUAGAGAGUGAGAGACAUGCGGUAGGCCACAUCAUCGCCAUGCAGCAUUUCCGUCAAUACAUUCCAUCCGCGUACCCCCCGGAGGCCCCGUAGACAGUAUACUCUGCCGAGCACCCCAAACGGUUUGUGAUCGAGGACUGAUAACCUCCGUUUCAGGAUGAUAUGCAGCUAUUCAUUGAGUUGCAAUGUCGCAGUGAUGGGUAAUUUCAGUCAAACCAUUCCACAAGUAGGGUCCGACGACUUGAAAGUGUGUUUCAUUUGUUGCUUUUUCUGCUGCAGUCACUAUUGUGCAGAACCGGGGGGAAUGUUGGUAGUAUGUGAUUCUCCUCAGUAGUGCUGGUUUGUUCGGAACUAAUCUGCCGCCAUCUUCCCCUCCAAACGCGCGACCUGCCCUGCACCACCGCCAAGUCAAUCCUCCGGGAGCGACAAAUGUUUCUCCCCCACUCCAGGCGGACGCAAACAUCCAAGCACGAGUCGCGGCUAGCCGGAAAAGAUGAAAGGCGAAAGUCGACCGUGACGAAGGCGUGCGAAAUAUCCGCUGGGUGGGUGCGAAACAACGGCUCAGGCAAUUGGUUAAGCGCGGGAGGUUGAUUCGCCGGCAAAUGCAGGGGUUUCGAGUGUUACUGUUUUGGUAUGGAAUUGGAGGAUUUUCGAAUGUUUUGUUUUGAUGCAAUGGAUUGGAUUUUCGCCUUGGUAUUGGAUUGGUUUCUAUCAUUCGGAUUGGCGAACGUUGGUUCGGCAUUGGAUUUGAUUUGGUUUUGGUGUUUCGUCGGGAUUUAUUUGCAGCAGCAGGAUUGUUUUUCUUGGGUUUCGGACGAAUAUCGAAUUUUGUUGUUUUGGCCUGUGGUUCAGAUCUCCGACCCCUUUUAAAAUCAGGGGGGCGGAUCUCCCAGGGCAGGGGGGCACGUUGUACUUUCGGAAGGAAUUCUAGCUUGUGCGAAGUUUCUGGGGAGAAACAAUACAAAGGAAACAUACUCGCGUAUUUUCUGCUCGAAAAUCAAAUGAUCUCAACGCUGAACGAAUGCUUGGGGAUGUAGACUAUGUUGUUUGAUCGGAAAAGUGCGAAGAGUGGAGGAUUCAUACCAUGCCUAGAAGCGUUUUACCUGGGAAGUGGGCAUGAAACGUGUAUGUUCGUUCUAUGCGAAAGUUUGUUUUGUCUUGGUAGGAUUCGUAGUCGGAUGGAUGUAAUCAGACGAAGAACGAAGAAGGCGAUUUUCUACGAAUUGAUCCGUGUUUGAAAUGAAAGUAAAUGAAGUGGAGUUCCACAGAUAGGUUUGGUUCAAUGGAUUUUUUAAUGCUUUGAGUUGUGCGGAGGACAUACGUACUCUGCGGGUGCCGUUGCGGCGAAGUGCUGAGAAAGGAUGGACCAGAACUAGAAGAGCGUUUUGCAGAGAAGGAAUGAAGGCGAUGAGACAAGACUGUGUGGGUUCAGAAACAUUUGCAUAAUCGAGUUCUUGGUUAUUUGUUUGUCAUGGAGGAGUAGGAUCCACGU